AAGAUGAAGGUGAAAUGGACACGUCUGGGCCUGGUCUUCUUCCUGCUUCUGUCCAUCGUCAUGACAGGAUGUUUUAUAUGGCAGUACAGGCUACCCAAGCUCAACUCUGCUGAAGAAGUGAUGGUGAAUGAUGGGGAGGAGGAGGAGAUGUGUCCUCGGUACCCGGAGCCUGUUCCCCUGCAGCAUCCCAUCCCUAUCCUCAAGGAGGCACUGGAGAAGGUGGAUAACCUGCUGAGACAAAGCAUCAAUGCCACCUUCAUGCCCUCUAUCUCGGCCAUCGUCAUCUUCAACGACUCUGUGCUGUGGAACGGCAACUUUGGGAAGAGGAAUACAAGCGACCCGUACUCCGCACCACCCAAUGAGUACACGGUCUAUAGGAUCGCCAGCCUUUCUAAGAUAUUCCCCUCCCUCAUGCUGUACAAGAUGUGGGAAGAGGGCCGGGUGACCUCCCUGGACGACCCUUUGGAGAAGUAUGUGAGCAACUUCUCCAUCAAGAACCCGCUGGCAAAGAAAGGGGACUUUGACCCCAACUUCAACCCAGAUGUGUCCUCCAACAUCCUGGAGAGGAGAUCCCGCACCUCCACCGUGACCCUGCGCAGGAUGGCCAGCCAGCUCUCAGGAUUACCCAGGCGCCUCAGGUCAACCACCCUGCUCUGGCGUGGCACUACCGACGCCGCCAUCGGUUUACUUCAGGACGACGUGCUGGUGGCAGAUCCAGGAACCAAAUGCCACUACAGUAACAUGGCCUUCUCGCUGCUGGGCCACGUGCUGGCAGAGAAGCUGGUGGGCAUGCCAUACCAGCGCUGGGUGGCCGAGAACCUUCUAGAACCCCUGGGCAUGGAGGACACGGGCUUCGACAUCACGCCCGAGGUCCAGGCCCGCAUGGCGCUGGGCGUGUACCCGAGCGGCCAGCCGGCGCCGCUGUACGACCUAGGCUGGUACCGGCCGUCGGGCCAGAUGUACUCCACGGUGGCGGACAUGGCCAAGCUGGGCAUGGCGCUGCUGGGCGCGUACACGCGGCGGCCCAUCCUGCGGCCCGACACGCUCAAGACCAUGCUGACGCCCGUGUUCCGCUGCGACAAGAGCUACUUCGCCAACCAGACGGGCACGCCGUGGGAGGUGGACGAGGUGCUGGGCUACGAGCUGGUGCAGAAGUCGGGCGAGCUGGACGGCUACGCCGCCACCUUCUCCCUGGUGCCGCGUCUCAAGCUGGGCCUGGUGAUCCUCAUGGCCGGCGCCAAGCCCAAGGACGAGGACUUUGUCUCCAAGAUCUACAGCCUGCUCAUCCCCACCAUGGAGAGUGCCUUCCGGGACGCGCCGCGCGACCUCGCCGCUCCCCCCAACCCCACCCCUUACGAGGGCUUCUUCACCUACGGCAACAUGACCUUCUACGAGAUCCGGGCCGGGGAGGACGGGGUGCUGAUCAUGCAACAGUUCGGUCCCCAGGUGGAGACCAUGGUCCCUGCUCAAUACAGGACUAUCCGGCUGAGCUAUCUGCAGGACCGUGUGUUCAGGCUGGUGUUUGAGAAGGAGUACCCCUGUGUGCUGAGGGUCAACUCGGCCACGGUGUCGCUGGAGAACCAGGACAGACAGCUCUUCAACUUCUACGCGUUCAACAGGAAGGGCGUCUCGCCGGGCUUUGAUGCCCCCGGGCUCAAUACCUACAGGGUCAUCAGGAUCGCUCGCAAACCUUUCUUCUCUUAA